CGAAGUGAUGCGGUCAAAGCAGGCAUCCCUAUUUGACGCCGGCGGUGCGCCCGUUAACAGAGUGUGCCCCCACCUUUCCCAAAAUAAUUUUCUCGCUUCUCUUUGUUCUUGACCUCACUCUCUUCCACUUAUAUCCUCAAAAAUUGCGAUCUUGAACGUAAAAUGUUGCUCCGGAGGUCGAAUGGACGGGGUAUGGUAUUUGUUGAGGUGUUUGCUUAGGUUGUGAGAGAUGGUGGGAGAAACUGUGACAGAGACAUGGUUUGGUAAUAUAUGGAAGAGUUCACGUAAAAGUAUAUCACGGGAGUCGGAGAGACCUGUGUUAGGAAUUAUGGCGUUUGAGAUAUCUCGGUUGAUGUGGAAGGUGGUUAAUAUAUGGAAGUGUCUUGCUGAGAAGCAGAUUGUUGGGUUGAGACGAGAGUUUGCCGACUCAGUUGGCAUUCAGAAGCUUGUUUCGGGGGAUGACGAUUAUCUCAUGGAUCUUGCUGUUGCCGAGAUAAUUGAGAAUUUGGGAAGUGUGUUCAAGUCGGUCGUUGUGCUGGGGAAAAAAUGCACCGAGCCAGUUUACCACAACCUUGAGAGGGUUUUUGAUGAUGCAAGCGAGAUUGAUCGCAAAUGGCAUGGAUGGAGAUAUAAGCUCAAGAAGAUGGAGAAGAAAGUUAAGAAAAUGGAGAGGUUUGUGGCAGUAACGGAACAACUCUAUCAAGAGCUUGAAGUUUUGGCCGAGCUUGAGCAGAGUUUGAGGCGAAUGCGUGCUGGUGGAGAUUCAGGACAGGUGAAAUUGCUGGAGUUUCAACAGAAAGUAGUGUGGCAACGCCAGCAAGUGAAGAAUUUUCAGGAGAUGUCUCCUUGGAUCAGAACGUAUGAGUAUGUCAUCCGACUUCUCUUGAGAUCUAUUUUCACGAUUGUUGAGAGAAUCAAGUUUGUUUGUGGGACUAAACAGGCUGUAAAUGUUGACGGAAGUAAUGGCUACGAGCAUGUAACAAGUGAUUGCCUGAUUCGUAGUAGUUCAAUCUCCGCUUUCAUGCAAACAUCGGUUUAUCCAUCAGAAACCAACCCGUCUAGAUUUGCAGUUCAUUUAGGGAGGUCAUUUUCAAAUUUGGGCCUCGGAGGUGACAAGAGUAGAUCAAAGAACAGGAAAUCCCAUAAUCGUUCUCAUUCAUCUAUCUUUUGUGGGAAACAUCAUCAAGUGAAAACUAGAAUAUUGGGUCCUGUUGGCUUCACAGGAUGCAUGACCAGCACAAGUAAAUCUCCUGUUGUAGAGAACUACACACCAUCAUGUAGUAGCUCAUUCAGGUUAAAGGACGUUGCUCUCAAAGAUGCACAUGUUCCGAUUUUAUACAGCAACAUAAGUUCCACUAAAGUAUCUUUCUUUAGUUCUAAAUGUUGUCUGAUGAACGCCCAUCCAUCUACCCUAGGAUAUGCUGCACUGGCUCUCCACUAUGCAAAUCUCAUCAUAUUGAUCGAGAAGUUGGCUUCAUCACCUCACCUGAUUAGCUCCAAUGCAAGAGAUGAUCUUUAUGCUAUGUUGCCUGCAUCUAUCAGGGCCUCUCUUAGAGCAAAGCUAAAGACAUUUCCCAGAACUUUGGCUUUAUCUGUCGCUGAGUGGAGCUUGGCAGUGGCAAGGAUAUUGGAAUGGCUGUCUCCACUUGCUCACAACAUGGUGAGAUGGCAAUCUGAGCGGAAUUUUGAAAGGCAAAGAUUGAUUUCUGGGUCGAACGUGCUUCUUGUCCAGACCCUUUACUUUGCAAACCAAGUCGAGACCGAGGCAGCAAUUGUGGAACUUCUGAUGGGCCUAAAUUACCUCUCUAGAUUUGGUAGAGAAUUUAAUCAGAAACAUUCCAGGAGUAGGGCGUAUGAUGGAUAUAUGUUUCCCAGGGAUAAUAUGUACUACAAGACGAUCGAUCAUACGUCGUCAUAGAUUUCUUGGUCGUAAUUAAUAUUGAAUUACAAAACAUUAUAUUCAUAAUUUUAUAUUAAAAUUAAACUAAUUU